CUCAGCGGAAGCCGAGCGCCAAACUCAAAUUUUAGCAGGACCCGGACGCCUUUCGGCUAGUUCCGCGGGCUGGGCCUGCUGGACUUUUCCGCUCACUGGCACGGGCAGCGGUCCAACAUGAGCCAGGUUCUGUUUCAGGAACUAGUCCCGCUGCAGGUGAAAUGCAAAGACUGCGAGGAGAGGAGAGUAAGUGUUAGAGUGAGCAUUGAACUACAAUCAGUUUCUAAUCCAGUUCACAGAAAGGAUUUAGUUAUCCGUCUGACUGAUGAUACCGAUCCAUUUUUUCUGUAUAACCUUGUUAUAUCUGAGGAAGAUUUUCAGAGUUUAAAAUUCCAACAAGGCCUUCUGGUAGACUUCUUAGCUUUCCCACAAAAAUUUAUAGAUCUUCUUCAGCAAUGUACUCAAGAACAUGCCAAAGAAAUUCCAAGGUUUUUGCUGCAGUUAGUUUCUCCAGCACCUAUUUUGGAUAACUCACCUGCCUUUUUAAAUGUGGUAGAGACAAAUCCUUUUAAGCAUCUUACACACCUCUCACUAAAACUUUUACCUGGAAAUGAUGUGGAAAUAAAGAAGUUUUUAGCCAGCUGUUUGAAAAGUAGCAAGGAAGAAAAAUUAUCAUUGAUGCAAUCACUAGAUGAUGUUACUAGGCAACUGAAAUUCACACAAAAGACCUUAUCAGAAAAAGUGCAAGAAUUAGAUAAGUUACAGAAUGAAUGGGCAUCACACACGGCUGCAUUGUCAAAUAAACAUUCCCAGGAACUAACAAAUGAGAAAGAAAAGGCCUUGCAGGCACAGGUACAAUGUCAACAGCAGCAUGAACAACAGAAGAAAGAUUUAGAAAUCCUCCAUCAACGAAACAUCCAGCAGCUACAAAACAAAUUAUCUGAGUUAGAAGCGGCUAAUAAGGACCUAAUGGAAAGAAAAUAUAAAGGAGACUCUACCAUCAGAGAACUGAAAACAAAACUCUCUGGUGUUGAAGAGGAGCUCCAGCGGGCUAAGCAAGAAGUCCUCUCUUUGCGAAGAGAAAAUUCUACCCUAGAUGCUGAAUGCCAUGAAAAAGAAAAGCAUAUUAAUCAGCUACAAACAAAAGUGGCUGUUUUAGAACAGGAAAUCAAGGAUAAGGACCAGCUUGUUUUAAGAACAAAAGAAGCAUUUGAUACAAUCCAGGAACAAAAGGUGGCUUUAGAAGAAAAUGGUGAGAAAAAUCAGGUACAACUAGGAAAACUUGAAGCUACAAUAAAAUCAUUAUCAGCGGAACUUCUUAAGGCAAAUGAAAUUAUCAAGAAGUUGCAGGGAGAUCUGAAAACUUUAAUGGGUAAAUUGAAACUGAAGAAUACAGUAACUAUUCAGCAAGAGAAACUCUUAGCUGAGAAGGAAGAAAAAUUACAAAAGGAACAAAAGGAAUUACAAGAUGUUGGACAGUCUCUCCGAAUUAAAGAGCAAGAGGUAUGCAAAUUACAAGAACAAUUAGAAGCUACAGUUCAAAAACUUGAAGAAAGCAAACAGCUUCUAAAAAAUAAUGAAAAGUUAAUCACAUGGUUAAAUAAAGAACUAAAUGAAAAUCAGCUAGUGAGAAAGCAAGAUGUAUUGGGACCAUCCACCACUCCGCCUGUACAUUCGAGCAGCAACGCAAUCAGAAGUGGGAUUUCUCCUAAUUCUAAUGUGGUUGAUGGUAGACUUACUUACCCAGCCUGUGGGAUUGGUUAUCCUGUCUCCUCUGCAUUUGCAUUCCAGAAUACCUUUCCUCAUCCUAUAUCUGCCAAAAAUAACAUCCAUCCAGUUUCAGGACCAAAGGUGCAGUUUAACUUGCAGUUUACAAAACCAAAUACGUCACUAGGAGAUGUUCAAACAGGAACAACUAUUAGUAUGCCUUGCUCAACUGAUAAGGAAAAUGGUGCAAAUUUCGGGCUGGAAUCCAAAUAUCUGAAGAAAAGGGAAGAUAGCAUUCCUUUACGUGGACUCAGCCAAAAUCUGUUCAGUAAUCCAGACCAUCAGAAAGAUGGCACUUUCGGAGCAGUACAGACAUCUUCAAAGCCCCCUGUGCUCCCUUCUGCACCGUCAGCCUAUUUCCCUGGGCAGUUAGCGAACAGUUGAUGCUAGUGUGACCUUUUACUUUUUAUUGAAAUUUUAGAAAUUCACAGGGUUUAAAAAUAUAUGAACAGCAUAGAUCAAAUCCUAAGCCAAGCAAGUUUCCAAGGUUACUUGAGCUUAACGUAUUAGAUCGUUUGGAUCCUUUUUAAAGGACCGCUGUCUUUUAUGGCAAGCUAGAGGAGCCCAUGGGGGAUUCUGAGUGAGGAUUCUGAGUAAAUGACACUUUGUAGUGUGUGAACACGGUGUUUUAUAGAAUAGUAUGAAUUUUAAACGAAUCCUUAGAAAUUCUCAGAAGUUCCAAGGAAAGAGUUGGUCCUUUUAAGGGACAUUCUAGUUCUAUUGAGUAUCUGGGUAAAUGAAAACCUGCUCAGACAGAAUAUGAAACCAAAGAAUGUUAAUAAUUCAUUUUAUUUUCAUUGGUAAAAUAAAAGUUUUGACACCUGAGAAUUAUGAGGGAAAAUGAUUAUCUCCAAAGAUAACCUAUAUUAUUGAUGUUUAUAGUAAAGGGAAAAGUCCUAAAAUUACCUUAAAUGAAUGAAAAUAAAUCCUUCAUAGCAAAUAUUUUCCUUGCAACCUCUUUAAAUUA